AUGUCGGGGCCGCGCCGGUGCGCCCGCCUUCCGUACAGCUCCGUCUGCCGGGCGCGGCUCGCCACUGCCGCCGCCCCUCACCCUGCCUCGGGGCUCCGCACCCCCCGCCCAUCACCCGGCAUCGGGGCUGGGCAAUCCCCCAUCCCCUUCCCCCGCUCACAGUUAUCGGGGCUGGUCAACCUACCCCAGCCCCUCACCUUGUCUCAGGGCUCAGCACCCCACGCCCAUCAUCCGGCAUCGGGGCUGGCAAUUGCACAAGGCAGCAACAGCCAGGGAGGAGGAAGCAGGAGGGGGAUACCCAGGCACCCAGGCAGCGCCUCAGUCCCAGCCCCUCAAUCCCUGAGAAGUCCCAGAGGAGGUGGCAGUGGUCCACUCUGCACCAGUACGGUCACAACUGCCAUGUUCAUCCUCAGCCUGGGAGGCUCCAUCCUGCUCCUGGCGCUCGCCCCAGCAGGUGCCCAGGGGAGCCGGAUCAUCGGGGGGAAGGCAGCAGCCCCCCACUCCAGGCCUUUCAUCGCCUCCAUCCAGAUGGACGGCCAACACGUCUGCGGGGGCUUCCUGGUGUGGCCCAAGUGGGUGAUGACAGCAGCUCACUGCCUCAUUCCCAGGCGAAACCCCUCGGUGCGCGUGGUGCUGGGCGCCCACAGGCUGGAGGAACCCGAGGAGUCCCAGCAGGUCUUCAGCAUCACCGAGUCCAUCGCCCACCCGCACUACAACCCCAGUUCGGUGGACAACGAUAUCCGCCUGCUCAAGCUGAACAGGUCGGCCACGCUGAACGAGUACGUGAAGCGAAUCCGCCUGCCCCCACCGCACAUCGACCUCAAGCCCGGUACCCUCUGCUAUGUGAUGGGUUGGGGGGACACCUCCAACUACGGUGAUCGGCCCACCGAGUUGAUGGAAACCGGUACCACCAUCGUCAAGCGGAGCCUCUGCCGAACGCUGUGGAGGGGCAAAGUCUCAGCCAACAUGAUGUGUGGGGCCAGCCGCAACACCACGCUGCAGGGCGUCUGCGCCGGUGAUUCCGGGGGUCCCCUGAUCUUCAAGGGAAAGGUUUACGGCAUCGUCUCGUUCUCUGGGGAGAGAUGUGGAGAUCGCCGGCACCCCGACAUCUACACCAAGAUCUCCAACUACAUCGACUGGGUGCAUCGCACCAUACGAGGGCAUCGCCGUCAGAAGGGGCAGCCGAAGCCCCAGCUGGGGGAUGCUGCAGCGACCGCAGCAUCCGGCACGGGCCAGCUCGCCGCCCGCUGGGGCUCUCCUGGGGAGGAUGAAGUCCAGGGCUAG